AGUGGGGAGGUGAGAAAAAGGGCCCGAGGGGUGAAGGGGACAGCAGCUCCUGGGGGGAAGGGUGUGGCGCGAGAGUGGGGGAGUCCCAUGAAACGAGCCCCUCCUUCUCUCCCUCACUCCUCCCCCUCCCACUCCCCGCGGUGGGGAGCUGGGUGCUGGAGCGGUCCCGGAGCUAGCGGCGGGCGGUACGCGGCGCUGGUGCGUGCGGCGGGCUGGCGGGCGGGCGUGUCAUUCGCUGCGCCCCUGGCGGGGCUAAGGAGGUAGCUGUGGCUCCCGCUGCCCCCGCCGCCGCCGCCGCCACCGCUGCCACAACAGCCGGGUGAGGCUGAACCGCGCAGUGCCGGGAGGCGAUCGAAGGGAAACCAGGUCACAGACGCGCAGACACACAUAUACACUCUCUCCCACUCAUGCACACCCCUACACGCACCGAUCGGGAGCAAGGACGCUGACUCUGGAAUUGGCUGUUUUUCUUGGGGUGGCCACUCUGUUCUGCAUGCUGACUUCCCAACAUGGUUUGAUGGGUGAGAAGGAACUCCUGCCCUCGUUGACCUCGGUAGCAAUGUUGCCUCUCAUCCCUGGAGAUAACCUUGGUGAUUUCAGCAAAUAAGAAGAUCCAGAAUGAUUACUGACCCAUGACUCCCAACAGUAUGUCAGAAAAUGGCCUUCCAGCAUGGGACAAGCGGAAGCCUCCUCCGCCUCCUCCUGACCAAGACUACACCUGGGGCCUCGUAGGAAUGUCCGAAGACUGCUUACAUAGGAAGGGCCACUCAGAGAGCAGCAGUGGGCUGUUGAAGAGCGAGCCGCCACCGCCGGCAUCCAGGCUCCAGACUCCAGCAGCUUGGACUAGCUCAGUAUUCCACCUGGACCCAGGAGAGGCCCACGAGCAGGGAGUGGCAAGCACCCAGGCCGACCCAACUGAAGAGAAGAAAUGUAAAGGGUACAUACCCAGUUACUUAGACAAGGACGAACUAUGUGUAGUUUGUGGUGACAAAGCCACUGGGUAUCACUACCGAUGCAUCACUUGUGAAGGCUGCAAGGGUUUCUUUAGGAGAACCAUUCAGAAAAAUCUCCACCCAUCCUAUUCCUGUAAAUAUGAAGGAAAGUGUGUAAUAGACAAAGUCACUCGGAACCAGUGCCAGGAAUGUCGCUUCAAGAAAUGCAUCUAUGUUGGCAUGGCAACCGAUUUGGUAUUGGAUGACAGCAAACGGUUGGCAAAGAGGAAGCUGAUAGAAGAAAACCGAGAGAAGAGGCGUCGAGAAGAACUGCAGAAAACCAUUGGGCACAAGCCAGAGCCGACAGACGAGGAAUGGGAGCUGAUCAGAGCGGUCACGGAAGCCCACGUGGCCACCAAUGCGCAGGGCAGCCACUGGAAGCAGAAGAGGAAAUUUCUGCCUGAAGACAUUGGCCAAGCUCCGAUAGUCAACGCCCCAGAAGGUGGAAAAGUGGACUUGGAAGCCUUCAGCCAGUUUACAAAAAUCAUCACACCAGCAAUUACGAGAGUGGUAGAUUUUGCCAAAAAGUUGCCUAUGUUUUGUGAGCUGCCAUGCGAAGAUCAGAUAAUCCUGCUGAAAGGCUGCUGUAUGGAGAUCAUGUCCCUCAGAGCGGCUGUGCGCUAUGACCCCGAGAGUGAGACUUUAACCUUAAAUGGGGAGAUGGCUGUGACGAGGGGCCAGCUGAAAAAUGGAGGCCUUGGGGUGGUGUCUGAUGCCAUCUUUGACCUGGGCAUGUCACUGUCUUCUUUCAACCUGGAUGACACUGAAGUGGCUCUCCUUCAAGCAGUCCUGCUCAUGUCUUCAGAUCGCCCGGGGCUUGCCAGCGUGGACAGGAUAGAGAAAUGUCAGGAGGGUUUCCUGCUGGCCUUCGAACAUUAUAUCAAUUACCGCAAACACCACGUUGCACACUUUUGGCCAAAGCUGCUGAUGAAGGUGACGGACCUACGGAUGAUCGGCGCCUGCCACGCCAGCCGCUUCCUGCACAUGAAGGUGGAGUGCCCCACAGAACUCUUUCCUCCUCUGUUCUUGGAAGUGUUCGAGGACUAAGAAGGACUGGUUUGGUUCUCACGAUUCUGACAAUGCUACUUAUGGGGUGUCGUUCCAUUCCAUUGCCUAGCUCAUUUGUGUUUCUCUGUAUCUUGGGGGGGAGGGAUUUUUAUUGUUGUUGUUGGGAGGGGAAGGCUGUUGUUGGCUUUUUUUUUUGCAUUGAUAUACCCAGGUGAAAAUGUUCCCCCGAAUGUGGGUACUUGUGACUAUCACGGUCCGUCCUCCAGUCCGUGGGUGUGGAUGCUUUGAAAAUGGCCCAGUAGCGAGGUGGGAAGAAAGCUCAGGCGUUCACCAGCACUAAGUGAUCACCAGCGUCCAUCCCUCCCCAGUCAAUGGUGAUACAAAGUAAAGCUGAAAAAAAAAUGAGCGACAUAUUCUGUUGUCUUGACUUAGUGAAGGACUUUAUGGGUUAGGUUCCAUUUUGUAGGGCACAAAGAAAUCUUGCAAUGAAUGUAGCUUCCAUGUACAUGUCCGUCCUCCCCACCCCAUGAUCUGUAGCAUCUCAAAUCCUCACUCUUGCUCAUUUCCUUAAGACAGCCCUCCUCUUCCUUCCCAAAUAGAUACGUAGAUAGACCUAGGACCUGGAGUGGGGCUUUAGGAGGCGUUUAGUCCAAAAUCUUCUACUUUACAGAUGGGGAAACUGAGUCCCAGAGUGGUUAAGUGAUUUGUCCAGAGAUACAUGUCCAUUAAGUGAAAGAGCUGGGAAUUAAAACCUAAGGGCCUCUGACUGGAAACCCAGCAUUUUUUCCACUGUACCAUGAAUUAUACCUUGGAUAUGUAACCAUAGGGAUAUCUGUUCUCUGUCAAGUCAGAUAUAUCUUUAAAUGUAAUAUUUCUCUGAGUUCCCACUCAACACAGGGAGUAGAUGGGUUUGUUGAACUAAUGGAACACAUCCAGCAUGGGGGAAGGAAGGGGUUGGGUGAUCACAAGGAAAUCUCUGCCAAGGCCAAGGACUCUACAAUGCACAGGAUAGUAUGUUUACAAGAGGCAACCAUUGUGAUGUGUUUCAAGGUGAAGGAAACUUGAACAUGAACCCAACAGAUUUACCAAACGCAGUCACUUGUUGAUGGUGGUGGUUCUUUCUCAUUAUCACUAAAGUUAUGUGCCCUCAUUGCCUAAAUGAGAGGUGAUUUUAGCUGAAUGGACAGCCGCUUUCCCUGCAGAUUAAAUCUUCUAAUCAAAGGCAGCAGUAAAGCAUCGAUCUGAGUCUCGCUGAGGAAGCAUUCCAAGGAAAGAGAUGGGCUAGAGUUAGGUUCAAAGCAGAGGAAAAAUGAGGUGCCCAAUGGUCCCAUUGUAAACUGGUACUUUAGAGAAAACCUCCCAUUAAUCUGAGACAUCCAUUUAAAAAAUCACAUACACUUAAAAAAAAAAAGACAUGCAUAAAAUCAAAGAAUCAGAUGUGGAGCUGGAAGAAAACUCAUAGGUCUCUUUUCAUUUACAGAUGAAGAAAUUAAGGCCCAGAAAAAUUGAUUGACUUAGCUAAAUUCAUAGCAGUAAACAAUGUCUGAGGUAGGAUUUGAACCCUUGAUCCUCCGCCUUUACAGCCAGUAAAGCUGCCAUUCCCCAUUCCCAGCCCUUUUUUUCCCCAGACUUAAAAUCUAUUGCAAGAACGUUAACAUGAAGUUGCUUGUUUUUUGUUUUGUUUUUGCUUUGAAAUCAGACUUAGAACAUUGAAUUUUCACUAUACCAUGAAAGAAGUAAGCAGGAUUUGAACCUAGCUCCUCUGGCUCCAGAUCCAUGUCCUUUCCACAUGGCACGCUGCCCCUCUCACCAACACUAAUAAAUUUCCCCUGAGUCCCUGUAUAGAGCUUGACAGUUAUUUAUUAGACAAAGAUAAAAUUUCA